AUGUACUGCGUCACUGUCUUUAUGAUGGCCCGGUAUGGAGCAGGCUAUCAUGCUUGGGAGAUUCGCAAACCAGAAUAUUACAACUGGUUAAAGUGGUUUUAUGCCAGUACGGUUGUCUAUAUCCCAGCUGCCUUUUUCACCAAAGCGACCAUUCUACUUCUCAUGGCACGAGUUUUUGCUGUCGAACCACGAGUCGCCAAGGGAAUCAAGAUCUUGAUAUGGGCUUUACUGGUGGCAUACAUUCCGAUUCAAAUACUUCGAAUUGUCAACUGUUAUCCCAUCCGGACAUAUUGGGACCCAGAUGUCAGAAACGCACGAUGUCUUAACCAGCGAAAGAUCUUCUUUUCAGAUCUAUCGCUAUCGAUUGUCACGGAUCUGGUCAUUCUGUUGAUCCCAAUACCUCUGACUUGGAAACUCAGAAUGUCGAUAGGAAAAAGGAUCAAGAUUGUCUUGCUUUUGGGGGCCGGUGGAAUCGCUACAGCCUUGACACUGUUCCGUGUUGCCAAAGCGGUGGACUUUCUGAACUCGGAUGAUAUCACUGUCGAUUAUACGCCGAUUAGCAUUCUAACGGCUCUCGAGAUCACAAUAGGCUUCGUCUGCGCCUGUCUUCCAUCUCUGAACCUCCUGAUCGAGCAUCAUGUCCGUAAACGUCGACGAGCACGAAACCCGAACUGGCCGCGCGAUCGAACACGGACCUCUUUGUUCAAGAAGCGUUUCCGAUGGAUUAGUUCGUCCACAGAACACAUGCCCUCUCGACCGAAUCGGCCUUCAGAUGGAAUGAUUGACUUGGACGUGGAAAUGGCCAUGUUGACGGGGCAGCCUGUACGAUUAAGAACGGGAAGAACGGCUAGCGCAGGAUCUCAUGAUAUCCGACCACUUGAUCAUCGAAUUAAUUCUGGUGACGGACGGAGAGAGGGAUGGUUGUCUCAAGAUCAGGAUGAGCAAGACGAGGUGCAGGACAGCAGAUUCAUCAUGCGAAUGGUGGAGGAAUCAAGAGCACGAGCAGACGAAGGAGCUAAAGAAUCAUGGUGUCCAGUCUGGGAUGGACCGAGGGAUCCUAUGGCGAGUCAAGGAAGUUGGAAGUUUAGCGUGCGGUCGCAUUAG